AUGUGGCGGCUAUUGUACCUCUUCUUGCUGUUUAUUCGCGUCUAUUUUGCCGUGUCGCCCAGUUAUCUUCACCCCGACGAAAUCUUUCAGGGUCCAGAGCCCAUUGCUGGAUACCUCUUCGCUUAUCCGACUCGCCCAACUUGGGAAUGGACCUCGUCGCGCCCAAUCCGUAGUGUCUUUCCACUAUGGCCAAUCUAUGGAUUGCCCAUGACUCUCUUGAAAUGGACUUGGACGCAGGAAGAAGAAGGAGAUCGCGUCGACCCCACCAUCAUCUUUUAUACGCUCCGCCUCGUCAUGCUUGUUCUCAGUUUCGUUUUGGAGGAUUGGGCUGUUCAUGAAUUGGUCCGCUCCCCUCGACGCUGGAUCCAGGCCGUCAUCUUGGUCACUUCUUCAUAUGUGACUUGGACCUUUCAGACACAUACCUUUUCAAAUUCUGUCGAGACUCUUCUUGUUUUGUGGAGCGUCGUGAUGAUAGAGCGCAUUUUGCGCGACAAGAAGCGUUCAGCAAUCGCGUCGAGCGCUGUCCUAGGCUUUCUUUUUGUAUUCGGAAUUUUCAAUCGGGUUACUUUUCCCGCCUUCGUCAUGAUACCCGGCAUCCAACUCCUGCCACAUUUUUGGAAUAGACCUUUCUGCUUUCUUGCCCUUUCACUUUCCGGCAUCUUCUGGACACUCUUUGCCAUCGUCAUGGACACAGCUUACUAUUCUGGGCCGUCGGCUACGAGGUCUUUUGGAGCACUCUACGACCAUGUCAGGAAGGAUCCAGUAAUCACUCCGCUCAAUAAUAUCCUGUACAAUACGCAGACCAGCAAUCUUGCACAACACGGCCUCCAUCCGCAUUAUCAACAUCUUCUGAUCAACCUCCCUCAACUUCUCGGGCCAGCACUAAUCCUCCUAAUCGCUUCUGCCUACCCGUUCAAUUUGCGCAUCCUGAAAAGCUUGCUCUCCAACAACCGGCUCGCCUCUGCCGGUGCAGGUUGUCUCUUCCUCAGCCUUAUCCCACACCAAGAACCUCGCUUCCUCCUGCCCACCGUACCUCUGAUCCUGACAAGCAUACGGGCUCCAUCCUCAAAACCAUGGUCAGUUAUUUUCUGGACGGCCUGGGUCAUCUUCAACGCCGCCCUCGCGAUCCUCAUGGGCAUCUAUCACCAGGGCGGGAUCAUUCCAGCGCAGCUGGCAAUGCCCUCCCUGGUAAUACAGUCAUUGAACAUAACCCAUUCAGACGCACAUAAUGUCGAAGUCUUUUGGUGGAAAACCUACCCGCCGCCAACCUUCCUCCUCGGCUCUGAACCGGUGCAUCCUGCAACCAACAGGUCUCUGAACAUCUCCACCGUUCCGCUGAUGGGCUAUCCACAAAACGAAUUGGUCUUCAUGCUCAUGCAACACAUGCCAACAUGCGACCCGUCCCUUCUGGAACGAUUAAUCCUACACAAGGAGAGGACGGAUAUCUUUGUGGUGGCGCCGCUGAGCGCAUGGCGUCUCGAUGCUUCCAACACCGGUCGUCAGACCACUUCGUCCAAGCAUCAUCCUCCUUCCGACCAAACACCACCUACAGGCUUCGACUACCCCCCAGUUUCCAAUUUCAGCUUCGCGAUCGACAUGAACAUUCCACCUGCACAUUUGAGUCUGACCAAUCUAGCUGUGUUCCGCCGGCAUUUGAACCUCGACGACUUGGACUUUGGGGACGUUGGAGUGUGGCCCACUUUGGAGAGGGUCGUGGGCAGGCGGGGACUCGGCGUGUGGAGGGUCGACCGCAUCUGCGGCCCGGUCGAGUAUGUUGAUGCACAUACGGGAGAACAAGUCAAUAUUCAGAAGGGUGGGGAGAAAUACAACGAGGCGCAUGAGAUGUCUGUUCAAGGGCCAGACUCGCCCCCAGGGGCCAGGGAGGUGUCAAGUUCGACUUUGAUCCCCACCACAGCAGCAUCCGAAGGAGACGAAGAAGAGACGAGAAUAAUCAGCACGACCACGGUGCCAGCGGAUAUUCCGACACAGGAACCCAAUAUUGUGCUGUGA